UUAAAAAAUAUAAACAAAAUAAGGAAGGAGAUUUGCCGUAAAAUUUUAAUUCUAUAAUAUUUUUAAUAAUGUAGACCGCUUGGACUGAAUGCAAUAUGAUUUGAAAAAUAAGUACAUUUCUGUAACAUGGCUUUUCUAUUCCGCCGCUGGCGCCAUAAGUUGUUUUUCAAUGUUAUAGUUAGAUUUGUAGUAGGGCUAUUAUUCAUCUAUUUUUAUUGUGAAUAUCUUAUAUAUUACGUGACCCAAGUACAGUGUGAAUGGCCUGCACUUAAAAAAGAGUAUGCACAGGAUGUAACUCCUGUUUAUGCUAUGGUGUUGGCUGAUACGCAUUUAUUAGGGUCUCGGAACGGCCACUGGUUUGAUAAAUGGAGAAGAGAGUGGCAGAUGCAUAGAGCUUUCCAAACAGCUAUGACUUUACAUGGGCCUGAAGCUGUGUUUGUGUUAGGUGAUCUUUUUGACGAAGGGAAAUGGUGUCCUGAAAAGGAAUUUAAUGAGUAUGUGGACAGAUUCCACAAACUUUUCAGAGUACCUGAAGGUACAGCUAUGUACACAGUUGUGGGCAACCAUGAUAUUGGAUUCCAUUAUAGGAUAACCCCGCACCUGGCGUACCGCUUCGAGAGCAAGUUAUCUGCGCCUCCGGUCCGCCUUGUUACCAUCAAAGACAAUCAUUUUGUCCUUAUCAACUCUAUGGCGAUGGAGGGAGACGGCUGCUCACUCUGCUCACGGGCGAUUAAUGAAAUAGAAAGAAUAGAAGAUAUUUUAAAAUGUAGCAGUGGUUCAACUCUUUGUAAAGGCAAUGUUGUAUUGAAAAAAUACAGUAGACCAAUCAUUAUGCAGCAUUAUCCAUUAUAUCGUGAGUCUGAUAGCAUUUGUACUGAGCCCGACGCGGCGCCUCUACCAGACCGGAAUUCCUUAUUCGAAGAGCGCUGGGACUGCCUCUCGAGGGAAUCCACAGAAUACCUCGUCGAGAGGCUUCGCCCUCGCUCGGCGUUCGGAGGUCACACUCAUCACAGCUGUGUGGUUCGCCAUAGCUUCGUACCUACGGCCGAUCAUAAGAUAGAGUUCACUGAAUACACAGUGCCUUCGUUUUCUUGGAGAAACAGACUGGACCCGAAGUAUUAUUUGUUAACUAUAACACCCGAAGAAGUGAGGGUGUCGAAAUGCGGGUUGCCCCGGGAGUGCACGCUGCAGGCUACAGCUGUCGUCAUGCUGUUGGCGCUUCUGAUCUACUUGAGGGUCUACUACAAUAGAACGAAGAACUAUAACCAGAAACAUUUAUUCGGAAAGAAGGUCUGAUAACGUCGAAAGAAGUACAACACAUAGCAACUACCUCGUGGACCGCGGUGUUUUGAUAAUACUCGGUUGUUUAAUAUUAAAAAAUAGUGAUAAC